AUGGCCUCACCUGCUCAUUUCGCCCUACUCAGAGCGGAGUACGCUUACACUCCUCAGACCGACGAUGAGAUCACCUUGGAAGAAGACAUGCUCUACUAUUUAUUGGAUGAUUCCGAUCCAGAGUGGUUCAAAGUCAAGCUCAAAGCCUCUCCUACUUCCGCCGAUCCUCCUCAAUCUGGUUUGGCACCAGCUAACUACGUGGUACCAGCUCCGGCACUUCGUUCGGUCACCGCCCUCUAUGCUUAUGAAGCUCAGACAGAGGACGAACUGACAAUACAGGAGGAUGAAUCACUGCAACUGUACGAAGAAGAUGGAGACUGGUCGCUGGUUGGCCGGACGUCAGAGGAAAGCGGCAGGGGCGUUGGUUAUGUGCCCACCACGUACAUUGCAACUACCGAAAAUAAUCCGGUCAUCAGUCAGGUAGAGGAACCAGCUUCCGAGGUUGUCCAAACCCCCGCCAGUCACGCCGGCCUCUCCAUUCGAAACCCUAGCGUGGAUCCAGAAAUCACCACCUGGUCGGUCACGGAUAUAGAUCAUAAGAAAAAGAAAAGAAAGGGUACGUUAGCAAUCGAUACAAGCUCCUUGAUUUUUGCUAGUGAAUCCGACAAACUGGGUAUCCAAAAAUACGAUCUGUCGAGCGUGUCGAUCACCAAAACGGAAAAGGGAAAACAUCUUAUCCUGCAAUGCGGCUCUGAGGAACGCCACUUCCAAGUUUCAGAAAAAGACUUGGAUGAAAUCGUACUCAGGAUUCAGCGUUUUCAGCAGCACCAACAACAAACCCCUGCAUCACCUCCCAAGCCCAAAUCCAACGCCGGUCCCGCAAUUCUCCUAUCACCUGCUAUCCGCCCUCCUUCUGCGAUGGCUAACCCCGACAAGCCCCAGGGAGUUAAUAGCCGCAAAGUGUCCUUUGCCGCUCCACUAGGAAAACCUGCGACAGCUUUGUAUGAUUUCGAGGCUCAAGGUGAGGAUGAACUGACAGUGGAAGAGGGCGAUCGGUUGUAUGUUUUGGAUGACACCUCAGAUGAUGACUGGUGGAAAUGCGCCAUGCAGUCCGAUGGGCAGGAGGGUGUCGUACCGGCCAGCUAUAUCGAAUUGGACCAGGGGCAACCCUCAGGGAACCAGGAAGCUGCCGAAGCUGCCAUGACGGCUGCCGCUGCCGAAAGUGCGAAGAAUUGGAGGAUUCAAGAGGAAGAAGACGCUCGAUUAGCUCAGCAACUUGCCGACGAGGAUAGCUCGGAAGCACAAUUAGAAAAUGCUCGAGCUGCCGAUCGUAAGCUGGUCAUCGCCCGCGAAGCUGAACAGCGCAAGAAGGCCGAAGCCGAACUCGCCGCUCGUCGAAAGAAAGAAUCGGAAUCCAGAAGACGCGAAGCGGAGCGCGCAAUGACCAAUCCAGGAUUUUCAAAUGGACCUUCGCCUCCAAAGCUGGCUGCACGCCCGGAUUCUGCGCAAGGGAUGAGCUAUCAAGAUGAUAAUAGCGCGACCCCUGCUCCUCCUCGAAGACCCGAUUCUGCGCCGCGGGAAGGUAGAUCCAAACCCCAAGGUCUCAUCCGUACCUGGCGCGAUAGAACUGGUCAAUUUAAAGUGGAAGCCGAAUUUCGGGGAUUGCAGAAUGGGAAAAUCCGACUUCAUAAACUCAACGGGGUCACGAUCGAAGUUCCUCUGUCCAAGAUGUCCCCAGAGGAUGUGAUUUGGUUGGAAGGUGCUACAGGGAGAACUCUCAGGAGCCAAGACGUCGACGAUGUCCCCCUUGCGAAUCUGGCUCUCAGUCCCAAUCGCCCUUCUGGUCGGCCUGCUCCAUCCGAGCCCCCAAAGCGGCCCACCGCUCCUGCCAAGCCGCCAGUGGAUUGGUUCGAGUUUUUCCUCAACGCUGGGUGUGAUUUGGAUGAUUGUACCCGCUAUGCGACUAACUUCGAAAGGGAUCGGAUUGACGAGAACCUAUUACCAGACUUGGAACCAGGUACAAUGCGAAAUUUGGGAUUGCGAGAAGGCGAUGUGCUCCGUGUUCGAAAACAUAUCAAGCAAAAGUAUGGCAGCUCCGAUGGCAGUGACGCGAUAACCACCCAAAUCCAAAAGGACGAAGAAUUGGCCAGAAAAUUGCAGCAGCAGGAUGUCGCCCCUGCUCCCAACAUAUUCACCAAUGGUCCCAAUGGGUCACUUAAAAAUACCCGAAGAGGACGUCCUACUCCCAAUCGAUCCGGCUCCUCUGCCGUAGACAUUGACUCCAUCACAAAUGCCAAAGACCAGUUGGUUGAUACUCCACAGGUUGGAUCAUCCUCGACAGCUGCCGAUUCCUCACUGAUUUCCAUCACAUCACCCAUUAAGGCGGGUGGCUUUGAUGAUGAUGCCUGGCAAGUCAGACCGAACUCAACCACACCUGCCGCACCAGCACCUGUCGCCAAUCCUCCCGCCCGAUCUGCUUCGAUCAGCGCAACACCGGCUACAACAGGGGAUUUGAAGUCGACACCAGAGCCAUCAAAACCUUCAUUGACUGACGAAAUCUUUGACAAGAUCAUGAAUCACGGCAAGCAGAGUGAAGCGGCACCAAGUCAGUCAAUCCCACCACAAGCAUCUAUGCCGCCCGUUGCUCCCCAACCCACUGGCUUUAAUCCUAACGGACCCCGUGGGCCCUUGGCUCCUGUUGCUUCCAACGCACCGCUCUUGAACCCCCUCGUGCCACUCAAUUCGACUAUGACUGGUUUUGUCCCGACGCGUCCGAAUGGUCUCCAACCACAGCCCACAGGCUUCAACUCUCAACCCUCAUCAAUGGUAUCGAGCGGGUUCGCUCCAAACCCGAUGGUCAUGCAGCCUACUGGUAUGGGUCUUGGCAUGGGCAAUCAAGCCGGGGUCCAGAUGAUCCAGUCUCAGCCCACUGGGAUCAUGCAACCUCCUGCGUUCGCGAUGAUGCAAUCUCAACCAAUAGGUAUGAUGCAAUCCCAACCAACAGGGAUGAUGCAGUCCAAUCCGACAGGGAUGAUGCAGUCUCACAUGACUGGAAUGGCGCCACAGCCGACCGGAAUGAAUCAAAUGGGACACAUGCAGCCGCAAAUGACAGGCUUCAAUCCAGCUUUCUCGUCCGUCUCGACUCCGCCGGUGCCCAGUAUUCCUUCUAUGUAUGCUGGCCCUUCCCAGCCGCCGGUCAAAAGCUUCAAUCCUAGCGAUAUCUUCGGCCAGAUGAAGACCGGACAGUUCGCUCAAAAUGCGAGCGCGGGGCCCCAGGAUCCGAACAAGUAUAAUGCGUUGCGACCGCAGCCAACAGGUUUCGGCUCGACUGGCGGGAACUUCACACAGCAGUUCAUGCCCAAUAAUGUCCAGAUGCAGCAACAGCAACUGCAACAACCGGGUAUGCUCCAGCCAUUGACAGCUCAACCUACCGGAUUCGCUCCUGGCGGUUAUCUCGUCAAUCAGCAAACUGGAAUGCCGCCUCAGAAUCAGUUUCCUAAUCAAAAUCAACAAUGGAGAGGCUUCUGA